CACCAAAGACCGCACAAUUAAAUUAGCAGAGAUUGUGAUAUCUUUUGCUUUUGUUUCGGUGUGUGAGUCUAUAUACUGGUAUAAUAUUGGAUGUUAUGUUUGAUAUAUAGUGUAUAUAUAUGGGUGGUAUUGUUACAUUAAUGCACAAGUAACGUAUGUUAAGAAUAUUCUUUGUCAUUUAAGAAAUGAGAAUAGCUAGGAAAUGUUCAUAUUGUGGAACCUUGGGUCAUAAUUCAAGGACUUGCAAUAAUAGUAUGAGUCACAAACAACUUGAUUUUUAUUCUUCUUCAACUUCAUAUUUGGGCACUAAAAGGAGUUUCAACAUGGAUUCAAUGCUAUCGUCACAAACCUCUUUAGCAAUAUCCUCCUCCUUGCCUACCCUGUUUGGUGCAAAUGAAAAUUCAGAUAAAUAUUUAGGCAGUUGCGUCAUAUCAACAAUCCGAGAUGGUAAAAAAGGUAUGGCAUGGACUGAAGAGGAGAACAAGUUAUUUGUUAGAGGACUUGAGAAGCUUGGGAAGGGUAAAUGGAGAGAUAUAUCUAAAGAAUUUGUGACAACAAAAACACCAACCCAGGUGGCAAGUCAUGCACAGAAAUAUUUUCUCCGUUUGUAUCAAAAUAGCUUCUUGCUCAACAGAACAAACCACCCUUCCAGCCUGCUCAAUGUGGAGUGUGAAGCUAGAUUUAAAGCAUUUUCUGAACCAAGUGAAGCUUUUCUUUGUUAUCCUCAUUCAGUGCUGAAAUGGUCUAGUUCUUCAUCAUCGACAAACUGUACUUCUCAGAAUGAAGUACUUGAUUUAGAACUCAGACUUGGAACUCCCACGCCUUUAGCUAGUUAACAGAGGCAUGCUCUGUUGGCCCUCUCAGCUAACUAUUGUUGGUGUUUGUGACUAGUGACAUUGAAAAAUUGUGCUUAUUUUAUUAUAUAUGUAACUCAUUUUGGAAACAA